AAACUUGGAAUGCAUGAUUUGCUGCGAAUAUGGGAAGAGAAAUCGUCCGUGACAAAUAUCCGAAGGAGCCAGAGGGGCGUUGCAGGUUAUGGUUGCAGAAGGAAGUACUUGAAGUGCUACAAAAACACAUUGGUACAAAAGCUAUUGAGGGACUAACUUUGAAGUUGACAAGAACUGAUACAAUUUGUUUGAAGACUGAAGCAUUUAAGGAGAUGAAGAAACUCAGAUUGCUUCAACUUGCAGGUGUACAACUUGGUGGAGAUUUUGAAUAUAUUUCAAAAGAUCUAAGAUGCCUUUACUGGCAUGGAUUUCCUUUGAAAUAUAUGCCUUCAAACUUUUCUCAAACAAGCUUAGUUUCCAUGGAGUUAGAAUCUAGCAGUCUCAAAUUAGUGUGGAAAGAGCCAAAGCUCCUUGAGAGGUUAAAAAUUCUCAAUCUUAGCCAUUCUCAGCACUUGACACAAACCCCUAACUUCUCAUACUUGCCUAAUCUUGAAAAGUUGUUACUCAACGACUGUCCACGUUUGACUGCAAUUUCAGAAACCAUUGAACAUCUCAAAUACAUUCUUUUGAUCAAUUUGGAAGAUUGCACAAGCCUUCAUAACCUUCCAAGAACUUUCUAUAAGUUGAAAUCUCUGAAAACUCUCAUUAUUUCGGGAUGCUCAAUGAUUGAUAAAUUGGAAAAUGAUUUGGACCAAAUGGAAUCCUUGGUAACUUUGAUUGCAGACAAGACUGCAAUAACACAAGUGCCAUUUUCAAUAGUAAGAUCAAAAAGCAUUGGAUAUGUUUCUUUGAGUGGUUAUGAAGGAUUCUCACGUGAUGUGUUUCCUUCUCUCAUUUGGUCAUGGAUGUCACCCACAAAUAAUUUCUCAUCUCAAGUUGAAACAUGUAUGGAUUUGGAACUUGUUUCCUCAGAUGUAGGAAAGCUUCGAAGUUUGCAAGUGGAGUACAACUCAGAUUUUCAACUAGCUGAAGGUAUUGCAAGAAUUUUGGACACUCUAUAUGCAACAUAUUACAAUGAAUUAGAAGCAACACCAACUACAUCACAGGUCUCAAACAUGGGAAGUUCAUCCAUAAUUAGUAUUUGCAAUCAAUUUCAAAUGAAUGGAUUAGUCAAGUCUCUUCUAAUUGAAGUGGGAGUCAAGAACCAAGUCAGCAACAUUCUUAGAGAGAGAGUUUUUCAGAAAUUGAGCACCAAUGAGCAUGACAAUUAUUUGUUGCCGGGUGACAAUUAUCCUGAUUGGUUGACCUUCAAUUCUGAUGGUGCUUCUAUAAUUUUCAAUGUCCCUCACGGGAAUGGACGUGACUUGAAGAUAAUGACAAUGUGCAUUGUGUAUUCUUCUUCUGCGGACACCAUCUCACUAAAAUGUUUCAAGAAUGUGUUGAUAAUAAAUUACACAAAAUCUACCAUUCAAGUGUAUAAGUGUGACACACUAGCUUCUCUUGAAGAUGACGAGUGGCAAAGCAUAAUUUCAAGUUUGGAACCCGGAGACAGAGUUGAGAUUGUGAUUGUUGUUUAUGGGACAGAAUUUGUUGUGAAGAAGACAUCAGUUUAUCUCAUAUAUGGUGAGCCAAAUAAUGAAGAUAGGGAUGCUACCGAUAUGCCAGAAGAUAAGAAUGUUGUUAGUUUUGGCAGAGCUAAAAAAGUAAGUAGUUCUAACCCUAUCACACUCAUUCAAUAAUGUGUUAUUUCAUGGUUAAUGAGAGGAGAUGAUUUUAUAACAAUUG